GUUCUCUUUGCUCAGAAGAAAAGCUCUCUUUGCGCGGCUCAGCGAAGAUGGAAGAGGCAGCGAAAAAGGGGAGGGUGACCCCACUCGCGUCGCUGUUUCCGGUGGAGGAGGCCCAGAAGGCUGUGAGGCGCGUGCAUGAAACGCUCUCAGAGAAGGAGUCCGAGCUGGACCGGUUCCGAGGCUUCAUCUCCGACAACACCAACCUCAUCAACCUCGUCCAAAAGCUCCCCGAAGGCCUCCACCACAAUAUCAUGGUUCCUUUCGGGAAAGCGGCAUUUUUCCCAGGCCGUUUGAUACACACAAAUGAGUUUCUGGUUCUUUUAGGAGAAGGUUACCAUGUGGAAAGAACAUCCAAACAGACCGUGGAGAUUCUGAAAAGAAGAGGGAAAGCUUUGCAGUCCCAAGUUGAGUCUCUGAAGGCCACGAUGCAGGACCUUAAGGCCGAGGCUUCCUUUUUUGGCAUCACGGCUUCUGAAGCAGCGGAGGGCCUUGUAGAGAUAAGGGAAGAUUACGUGGAGGAAAAUUUUACUGAAAGGGAAUCUCAAUCAGGUCCACCAAAAGAACAUCCUCCUAGUUUUUCUGAAGCAGAUAAGGUGAAAGUUGCAGUUGAAGAUGAAGAAUAUUCUUGUAUGGUGUCCAGGUUGGAUGAACUUGAGAAAGCGGAAUAUGAAGCUGGAUAUGGCAAUGAGACGCAUGAAGAUAUUGAAAAUGUUGCAGUUAGCGACGAAGAAUAUGCUCGUAUGAUGUCCAGGUUGGAUGAACUUGAGAAAGAAGAACUUGAAGCUGAAUUUGUCAACGAGAGGGAUGAAGACAAUGCAAAACUUGCAGUUAAUGAUGAAAAAUAUGCUCAUAUGAUUGCCAGGUUGGAUGAAAUUGAAAAAGAACCUGAAACUGAAUGCGGCAAUGAGAGGGAUGAAGAUGAGAAAAUUAAAGCUGAUUUUGAUCAGUCAUCAGAUCAGAUAUCUCUUGAUAAAAUUAACAGAUUCUCAGAGGAGUAUCAGUCUAGAAAACUGUUGGAACAGACGAAAGAUAAAAAGUCAGCCACUGAAGAGACUCUAGACAAGCGUGAUACUCAGAAAGAUUUGACUGAUCGGCUAAAUUGCACAGGUUUGACAGUGCAAUCUAGACCCAAAGAAGAAAUGUCGCAUGGUAAAGGUUUGGUACAUGGUAUAAUGAAGUCCACUCCGCUUGAGAAGGCUUUGGUGCUUCCUGAAGUGAAGGAGAAUGUUCAAGCAGCAUCUUCAUUGAGAAGUGAGGCUCCUCUCCAAGAUUCAAAACCAGGAUUUGAUAGUCGCAAGGCUUUUACAGGCUCUAUUAUAGAGCGCGCACACAAUAUGCAAACAAGUUCAAGUCAACAGGCUGCGACUUCAUCACAGUCUACCGUUACCCAACCUUCAAAGCCAGUGUCCCGAUUCAAGAUGCAGAGAAGAUAGCUGCUACUAUCGUCAGAAAUCUGCAGGCACCCUGGCAGAUUAGGUGAUUUUGGAAUCUGAUGGAGGUGGGAUCAAAACGCCCCCAAGCAUGUGCCAUGUCCCUCCCAUCAGCCUGGUGUAAAUGCAGAGGUCGACUAAAAAAUCUUAAAUUACCAGAUUUAGUUUGCAAAAGGCACAUGCUCUACUACCUUAGCACUGGUUAAAGAGGGUGUGCCGGUCUGCGUCCAUCAUAGCAUAGACGUGGACUUGCAUAUCUUUUGUUUCGAUCUAAGUUUCAACCAGUUAUAUAGCAUGAUUUGCUGCUGCAGCAUGUACGAAACUAGACACUUACAAUAAAUGGGAAAGAUGAACGGGGAGAGUCUCCAUUUCCAA